GCUCCCCCUUCAUUUCAGUAACAACAUGUCGAGCGACUUUGUAAUGACAAUUGAUGACGACGAUGAGUCAGUCCCCUUCUUGGACGAAGAGGAACUUGACCAGGAGGAUGAAGUUGUCACAAAGAAGACUAAUAAAAAGAAAGGAGCCAAGGGUAAAAAAAACGGAAAUAACUUUAAGAAAGACACAGGCGAUCUCGAUCCAACCUUUUCAUUUGAUGCUGAUGGAGGUGGACAUAUGGGCGCACAUCAUGAUUGGGACUUUACAGCAGCUCGAGCAGCUCUCCGAGCACAGGAUGAGAUGCAACCCGGAAUGAGUCUAGAUGAUAUAAUUGCAAGGAAACGAGCACAGGUCAAAGCCAAGAAGUCUGGAAAGGUUGUAAAACCUAUUGAAGAAGAGAAGGAGGUUCAUGAAGAUGAUGAGAGUGAAUUUCAAGAGGCACCUGAUUCGGACGAAGAUGAGGAAGGAAAUGAUGACAUGGAAGGCAUUGAAUUUGGCGAAGAAGAUGAUGAUGAAGAUGAAGAAGAAGGCUUUGGUGCUGGACGCGAUGAAGAUGCAGGAUUGGAAGAUGAAGAGGCUGAAGAAGCUGAAUUCGAGGAUGAAAGCGAAGGAUCAGAAGCAGAGUCAGGGUCAGACUCAGAAUCAGAAGAGGAGGAAUCAGAAGAAGAAAGUGAUAGUGAUGACGAGAAAGAAGAAACAGAGUUUGAGAAAGAGCGCAAGAAAGCAUAUUUUGCACCAGAGUCAGAUACCCCUGUUGAAGUUGCAGAGACGUUCGCGACAAUGAAUCUCUCACGUCCAAUUUUGAAAGGAUUAGCACAAGUCGGAUUUGUCCAACCUACUCAAAUUCAAGCAAGGACCAUUCCUGUGGCAUUGAUGGGUAAAGAUAUUUGUGGUGGUGCAGUCACUGGUUCAGGAAAGACAGCUGCCUUCAUUGUCCCAGUGCUGGAACGUUUGAUGUACAGAUCCAGACAAACCCCUACUUCUCGAGUCUUGAUUCUUUGUCCAACUCGUGAGUUGGCCAUUCAAUGUCACAGCGUUGCCCAAAAGCUUGCUAGCUUUACAGAUAUAACUUUUGGACUCUGUGUUGGUGGUUUGUCUCGUAAUUCUCAGGAGAUGCAACUUCGUACCCGUCCUGACGUCUUGAUUGCUACACCUGGUCGUUUAAUCGAUCAUAUUCUUAACUCACGCUCAUUUACAUUGGAUCAUAUCGACAUUUUGAUUAUGGAUGAAGCCGAUCGUAUGUUGGAAGACGGUUUCUCAGCUGAGUUGACAGAGAUUGUCAAGGCUUGUCCACAAUCCCGCCAGACCAUGUUAUUUUCGGCCACAAUGACCGAUAAUGUGGAUGAAUUGAUUCGUAUGUCGCUCAAUCGACCAGUUCGUCUUCAGAUUGACUCCAGUAAUGCAACCGCUGCUCGAUUGACACAGGAAUUUGUCCGUAUCCGUCAACAUCGUGAGGAAGAUCGACCUGCAGUACUGUUAGCAUUAUGUUCACGUACAUUUAAGCAUCGUGUCAUCAUCUUCUUUAGAUCCAAAGCUGCAGCUCAUCAAAUGAAGAUCAUUUUUGGCCUGAUGGGCCUACGAGCCGCAGAAUUGCACGGAAACUUGACACAGGAGCAACGUUUAGCAGCACUAGAAGAAUUUAGGGAUGAGCGCGUGGACUUUUUGUUGGCAACAGAUCUAGCGUCCCGUGGUUUGGAUAUCAAAGGAAUUGAUACGGUCAUCAACUUUAAUAUGCCCCAAAAUUAUGCCAUCUAUCAACAUCGUGUGGGUCGUACAGCCCGUGCAGGAAGAAAUGGUCGUGCUGUCACACUUGCAGGAGAGAACGAUCGCAAGCUAUUAAAAAUGGCAAUCAAGAAUGCAGAUAAGAAGUUGUUGAAGCAUCGUGUGAUCCCUCAAGAUGUCAUUACGCGCUAUCGUGAGCGUGUAGAGGGCUUGACUGAGAGUGUGAAGGAGAUUAUGGCAGAGGAGAAGGAAGAUAAGGCUUUGCGGCAAGCAGAGAUGGAGAUGAGGAAAAGUGAUAACUUGUUGAAGCAUGAGAGCGAGAUCUACAGCAGGCCUGCCAAGACAUGGUUCCAGACGACAGAAGAAAAGAAACAGGCAGCAGACGCAGGCAAGGCUGCAUUAAAUGAUCCCAAGAAGCGAAAAGCAAAAGAAGAGCCUAAGCGAGACCGCUUUGCAGGCAUGUCUAGAGCCAAGAGAAGACGUCUCCAAUUGACCGAAGAGGAUCAUAAAGACAUAAAUUCACAUGUAAAAUCUAUCAAGUCAGCAAAGAAAGCACUCAAGCCUGCCAAGAUCCCCAAGUUGGCGCCAGAAAAGACGGGGCCAAAACCCCCGCAAGACCAGAAGAAGAAAAAGAAAAAGAAGGAUGUUGAUUUUAGUCGAGAUUUGGGUGAUACAUCAAAGCAAGGCGCAGUCAAAAAACUUGGAGGGUCAGGAUCCAAGUUUGGAGGCAAGGAUAGAAAAGAUGAUAAAGGAAAGAGUCGUAGCGGCAAAUUGGGCAAGUUACGCGGUAACAAGGCCUUCAAAAGUACCAAGAAAUAUAAGAGACGUUGAAAAAACAACGAUGACAACAACAACCUUAAUCACUUAUAAAAAAACAUCCAUUUAUUGCCUUCACCAUGCAUGUUCCAUAGAACUACAUCU